UCUCUCUUUCUUAAUCAUACCAAUUAAAAUAACUGCUGAUUCCUGAAAUUGCAGAUCAUCUUCUGCACGCUCAACACCCACAAAAUCGACAUGGGCCAGUUGAUAGGAGGCCAGAUCGGACUCGACGACUUUAUAUUUGCCCACAAGAAAGGUCGUGCGAAAGAGGUCGAGCUGAUAAAAACCGAGCCGGCGCUGGGGCUGACGUUGACGGACAACGGCGCCGGUUUCGUCUUUAUCAAGCGGAUCCGCGACAACUCGAUAAUGGACAAGCUGGGCGUCGUCCAAAUCGGGGACCACCUGGAGAAGCUCAACGGGGCCAGUCUGGUGGGCAAGCGGCACUUUGAGGUCGCGCGCAUGCUCAAGGAGAUCGAGUGCGGCUCGAGCAUGCUGCUGCGGCUUGUCGAGCCGGCGAGUCGGACCACCGGCUUUGGGCCCAUUGGGCUGAGGGCUGCUGGCCCCAGGAGCAGGGCCAAGUUCGCUGGAUACCCGACCGGCUGGGAGACGCUGAGGUUCAAGGCUGACGGCUUUGCCAGGAUCGAGCAGCUGAACGAGACUGACAAGGCGAGGGAGCAGAUCGAGAAGAUCAACAACGCCCUGGAUGUGUACAUGGGAAUCAGCGAUUACGUGCUCGCGAGGAGGUUGUGGGAGAUUGCGCAGAAGAAAAUCAACAGUAUGGAUCUCGCCAAAGCGAUGGACUCGGCGCUACCGGACUCUUACGAUUUUCCAAAGGAUUUUAUCUUCGACGUCUGGAAAAUUGCAUUCGAGACCAGAAAGAAUCCGUGAAUACGUGUAUUUUGUAAAUACCUUAUUGGCCAUAUAAAUUUGUUUUUUUUUUUUUAAUCAAAGUCCAUUCAUAUUACGUUAUAUUACGUUUAUACAUUUGUGGUUAAUUGUGCGUGCAUUUAUGUGUAUAUAAAUAUCGAGUCCACUGUUGGAUCGUUCAAGUAUUCUUAUAACAUUAGCGAUAACGUAAAAUUGAAAGUAACAAACAAACGUUUGUAAGUACACGCGUGUACUGUUACA